AAAUGCUAAACUCUAAAUAUAAGGUUUUUGGUGGUAGCUAGUGGAUUUUGCACAGUAGUUUUGCAGGUUCCCAUUCCUUUACUAUAGUAAAUGGUUUGCCAUGUGUUUUUUUUAAUCUGUCAAGCACUUUGGCGGCAUUGUGCCUUUCUGAUCUGCAGGCGCCGACUAGAAACAGCUGUACUUGGCAGCAUUAAAAAAUAAUUAGUGGGAGUCAGUCUUGUUGAGAGACAGCUUAACGGUGCCUUGUUAGGUUUGUAAGCCUGACAGUUACAGUAUGUAGCUCUGCAGGAGCGUUUUCAUUUCAGAUCUGAUCUGGUGUCCUGCCACCUCCUGACCCUGUUUAGAACGUGUAUGAGUGAGCAUCCUGCUAGAAGAAACAGAGGUAACAGCUUACCCGUAAGGCAGUGGUUUGAAAAUGGACAGAGAGGAGGGUACAUUUCUAUUUAAAGGUCAGACGCUUUCUAAUCCUGGCUAAGUGCUGCUGGAGAAACCAGGUGAGCUGGAUUACCAGGAUGGAAUAUACCCUGCCAGGAUCGGUGACAGAAACCUGGCCAGCCACUGUCGGUCCUACCGGCUGGACAGGAUUUGUGUGGAAGAUUGAAAAGUUGAUCAGAGCUCCUCCCUUCUUCAGAACCAGCUCUCGUUCAAACAGUACUUAUUCCUCUGUAAACAGUGAGAUCCCAUAAAUGCUAACGCAUCGCUAUUCUCUCACUAAUGCACCUGAGGGGGGAACUGCCACGCCAGCUGUGAGAAAACAAAUAUUUGACUCUGAGAUGAUUGAAAUGGCUUUAGAGAGAGAGAGAGAGAGAGAGAGAGAGAGAGAGAAAGGGGUGGGGAGAUUGAGAGGGGGAAGUAGAGCUUAGUUCUGCUUUGCAUCUUCGACACUUUCAGCUACUUAUUUGUUUGAGGUAGCAGCUGCUGAGCGCUUGUGCCCUGCUAGUUGUUCAGUGUGUGUGAGGCCUGUCGUCCUGCACAGAAGUAUCAAGAGCAGCCAGAGCUGUGAGACUCCGCCCUUGCUAAGGUCUUGCAGCUGCCCAGCGGGGGUGGCAUUCUUAUCUGCGGAGCUGGAUGCUGCUGGAAGUGAGAUGGAGGGCGAGAGCCAGACGGACGAGGCCCCGGCGCGGAUGUCCAGCCUCACCUCCAAGCUGCAGGCCAUGAUCCGGAUUCGACGCAAGUACCAGGCCUUCAAGGCGCGCCGGGCCGAGCUCGCCAGGGAGCAGUCCAGGACUGCCAUGCUGCACCACGGCAGCACCGGACCCGAGAUCUUCACCUUCGAGACCACCGCAGCCGGCACCGUGGCCAGCCCCUGCGUCUGCAGGAGAAAGAAGAAGAGGAAAUCCCGUGUCAUGUUCCCCAACAGCGGGCGGAAGUACCUGCCAGUCCAAGAGCGCAACCGAGCCAAGAGCUGCCUCUUCUUGCUUAGCAUCAUAGUCUUCCUCCAGGUCUACAACGCUAUAGAGAACCUGGACGACCACCUCCAGAAGUACGACCUCGAAGGCUUGGAGAAGACUCUGAAACGGGAGGUCUUCGGGCAGAAGGCGGCCAUGGAGAAUAUCAUAGAUCUCCUGACUGAUUACCUCUCCACCUACGUCCACAACAAGCCGCUGGUGCUCUCCUUAAACGGGCCCAUCGGGGUGGGGAAGAGCCACUUGGGACGCAUCCUGGCACGUCACUUCCGUUCGGUCACGCGUGACCAGCUGGUGCUGCAGUACUUCAUGCUGCACCACUGCCCCCUGGAGGAGAAGGCCACGAUGUGCGUCCAGGACUUGGCCAGCAGGAUCACGGAGAUGGUGAACCGGGGAGAAUCGGAGGAGAGGAUCCCGGUCUUCAUCUUCGACGAGGUGGAGUUCAUGCACAAGGAGAUCCUGGACUUCCUCCACAGCUGCUUCCAGGCCAACCAGACCAACGAGUUCCUCAACGCGGUCUACGUGCUCAUCAGCAACAUCGGCCAAGGAGAGAUCACCAAGUUCGUCCUGCAGAACUCCUCCAGCAGCGCCCCCUUCGGGAGGCAGAGGGGGAGCCACGAGCUGGUGAAGCAGCUCAAGGCCUCCCUGUCCAAGUACCACCCUGUCUGGAAGGAGGCAGACAUCGUGCCCUUCUCCCUGCUGGAGAAGGCCCACAUCAUGGACUGCUUUCUGGACGAGAUGACUCAAGAAGGUUUCUACCCCGACAGCUCACACAUUGAGCAUCUGGCUGGGGAGAUAUCCUACUACACGGCCGGGGACAAAGAGUACUCCAUGAAUGGAUGCAAGCAAGUGGUGGCCAAGGUCAACCUCUUAUGAUUGAGUAAAGAGACAAGGGGUUUUAGUUUCUGUACAGAAAGGAGUGCCAAAAAAACCACCAAAAAAUCAGACCCUUUGAAACAGGAGAUUCCUUAACCACAUGAUCGUGCCUCCUCCCGCCUGCAUCCUGCUUGCACAGAUUCACAGGACGUCUUGCGCUGGUUGCAGUGGGACCAGUCCAUUCUCGGGAAUCUUGCUGAAGCGGAUGGACACGCUGGAGGUUUCGGGAACAAAAAGGGGCAAUUCUAAAAGGAAAAGAGCAGAGAAUGCAUGGGGGGGUGCUUUCCCCUCACCAUCCCCAUCACUCUUAAAAUAACUGCAUUAAAACAUCUAAUUGGACGCAGUGGAAGAUAUAGACCAACAUGAAUGUGUUUUUGCUUUAACUGUCUUUACCAGAACCAUUCCCAAAGCUAGUACCAGAGGUUACAUCUCCAGAGGCAGACAUUUCUAUGCAGAGAGUUGCAGUCUGGUUCUGUGUUGCAAUGUGAACAGUGAGAUGGUGCCCAGCCUGUGGAGUGGAGAUCCAGUUUAUAGUCAUUCAUAAUUACAGCACUGCCAUAGCCUUUGAGCUGCAACAGUGACAUGGUGUGUAAUGGCACGCAAGUCUCAUUCCUGAUUAAAUCAAGGUCUUAAGACAGCUACAGUAUCUCCUUCCUAGCCACUUCCUCUGUUCAUAAUGUUCAGCAUUAUUUAUAUAUGCACAAACCAGCUAAAGAAAAAGAUUUAGGGAUAUUUCAUGUAAUACGAUUUGAAAUAUAUACUAACUUUUUUUUUUUUUUUUGACGAGUGUAAAUAAAUAAGUGUGGCUUUUUUAAAAAAAUGAUUGUUCUAAUAUUUAAAUAAAUAAAUGAAAUCAAAAA